UACUUUGUAUUGAAAAAUUUUCCCCCAAAGCAACACAUUUGAAAUGGGAGACAUAAAAUAGGUCUUGCUACGUUGCUACCACUGAAUUUUCAUUUUUUUAUUAUUAAUUUUAUGUAUUGUUAGAGAAAUUGUGACCAUUGGCAAGUCACUACACCAUUUUGGACUUUGCUUUCUUUUGCAGGGUGACUUUUUAAGACCUUUCCGAAUUUGAGAUUUUGAGCCAGUGAUCAAUCUUCAGUUGGUCAUACGUGCUUGAUCAGCAGUCGCCCCAGAAACCAGUACCCAUUCGAGGGCUGAAAGUUUGUUAGUGUGUUGCCCAGCUGGCCGGGACCAGGCCACAUCCAAACUGGAAGGAAGGAACCUUGCCAAAGGGCCAGGCCUCCACCCUCAAUAGCUGGCCCUUGCAGUUUUCCAUAUCAGGCUCUUUGUUGCCUGGAGUGAUUGCAGGUUGUCCGUUGGACAAUUUAAAAUGGCGAAGCAUGUGGAACAAAUGGUGAAAGAGUGUUUUAACUUGAAAUUGAACUAAAACAAUGAUUUAAUAUUCAAAAAUCCCUAUUGUGAUUGUCGGAUUGUCGAUUUUCACUCUCACGUAAACUCUAAUGAAACUCUGAGGGAUCCCAGUUUCUCAAUGUCAGUAUAUGUUCUGUGCCCUAUUCUUUUAUCACAAAAAAGGGAGGAAAUACUGCAGUGAAUGAAGAUUCCUCUGCAUUUUAGCACUGCUUUUUCUCCUGUAGUUGGCUUUUGAAUGAGGAUGACAAUGGAAGAGAUGAAGAAUGAAGCUGAGACCACUUCCAUGGUUUCUAUGCCUCUCUAUGCAGUCAUGUAUCCUGUGUUUAAUGAGCUAGAACGAGUAAAUCUGUCUGCAGCUCAGACACUGAGAGCAGCUUUCAUUAAGGCUGAGAAAGAAAAUCCAGGUCUCACACAAGACAUCAUUAUGAAAAUUUUAGAGAAAAAAAGUGUAGAAGUUAACUUCACAGAAUCCCUUCUUCGUAUGGCAGCUGAUGAUGUAGAAGAAUAUAUGAUUGAACGACCAGAGCCAGAGUUCCAGGACCUAAAUGAAAAGGCACGAGCACUUAAACAAAUUCUCAGUAAGAUCCCAGAUGAGAUCAAUGACAGAGUGCGGUUUUUGCAGACAAUCAAGGAUAUAGCUAGUGCAAUAAAAGAACUUCUUGAUACAGUGAAUAAUGUCUUCAAGAAAUACCAAUAUCAGAAUCGCAGGGCACUUGAACACCAAAAGAAAGAGUUUGUAAAGUACUCCAAAAGUUUCAGUGAUACUCUGAAAACCUAUUUUAAAGAUGGCAAGGCAAUAAAUGUGUUCAUAAGUGCCAACCGACUAAUUCAUCAAACCAACUUGAUACUUCAGACCUUCAAAACUGUGGCCUGAAAGUUGUAUAUGUUGAGAGAUGUACUUCUCAGUGGCAGUAUUGAACUGCCUUUAUCUGUAAAUUUUAAAGUUUGACUGUAUAAAUUAUCAGUCCCUCCUGAAGGGACCUAAUCCAGGAUGUUGAAUGGGAUUAUUGCCAUCUUACACCAUAUUUUUGUAAAAUGUAGCUUAAUCAUAAUCUCACACUGAAGAUUUUGCAUCACUUUUGCUAUUAUCAUUCUUUUAAGAAUUAUAAGCCAAAAGAAUUUACGCCUUAAUGUGUCAUUAUGUAACAUUCCUUAAAAGAAUUGUAAAUAUUGGUGUUUGUUUCUGACAUUUUAACUUGAAAGCGAUAUGCUGCAAGAUAAUGUAUUUAACAAUAUUUGGUGGCAAAUAUUCAAUAAAUAGUUUACAUCUGUUAAACAUUUGUUUACUUUAAAAAAAAAAGCAUGUGUGUGUGAGAUCAGAAGACCUAGGCAACAUGGUGUAAUAUCUAAAGAACUUCUAACAGGGUCUUAUUAGUCUAUCAGGUCUUAAAGCAACGAGAAUUCCUAUUUUUUGCCCUUAAUCGCUUUGUACAAAAAUUAAUCAAGGGAGAUAUUUGCAUUAGUUACUACAUAUGAGGUACUGAAUAUUUUUUCAUUAUUUUCAUCUUGUUUUAAGAGAUUUUUGAGAAAGGGGUGGCAAUUUUAUGGUGUCUUCACACUGUAAGGCCACUUUUUGAACUCUGUGACAACAUAAAUUUGACUCUGAGAAGUUAAGACUUUCUGGUAUGCUGGGCCCUAAUAAGCAUUUCCAAAAAUAGCCACAAUUAGUAAUUUGAAGCUAUACCAAUGCUCGUUGGCUUGAAAUUGUCAUAAGUGUUAAUAUUCUACCCACUCUUGAAAUAUGUAUAGCUUUGUUUCACCACAGAGAAGUUUUAAGGAAAGUAU